AAAAUAUUUAUUUUGACAAGUUCCUCAAUGCUUAAAAAUGUCAAUUUCAAAAUAUUCUUCAAUUCCUGAACUUUACAAUGGAAAAAAUGUUUUAGUAACUGGUGGAACUGGAUUUUUAGGCAAAGCUAUUGCUGAGAAGCUUUUAAGAUCAUGUCAAGGAAUUGAAAAUAUUUAUUUACUAGUUCGUCCAAAGAAAGGCAAAAGUGUUAAUGAUCGACUUAUAGAACUCAAAAAUUCAUCAGUUUUUGAUUUGAUCAGAGAAAAUAAUGAAGAAUUAUUGAACAAAUUAGUUCUUAUAGAAGGUGAUAUAGCAUGUUUAGAACUAGGAAUAUCAAAAGCUGACCAGGAACUGCUUUGUGAAAAAGUGUCAAUAAUACUCAAUUCAGCAGCAACAGUGACCUUUAACGAGCCUUUGAAAAUUGCGGUAUUUACAAAUCUACGAUCAUUGCGCGAAUUGAUAAGAUUAAGCCGACACAUGAAGCUAUUGGAGUCGUUUGUCCACAUAUCCACAUCCUACUCAAAUUGGUUCGAGAUCAAUGUUGAAGAAGAAUUUUAUCCCAUUAAAUAUGAUCCAAAUGCAGUCAUAAAUAUGUGUGAAUCUUUUCCUGAAGAUGCCUUAGAAAAGUUUAGACCAAUUUUAAAAGGCAGACAUGCAAAUACUUACACGUUCACUAAAGCUCUAUCAGAGAAUCUUAUCUAUAAGGAUGCACAGGAUUUACCAUUUUCUAUAGUAAGACCUUCAAUAAUUUGUUCAGCAUUGAAGGAGCCCAAAGUAGGAUGGAUCGAUAGUUAUGCUGCUCUCGUACCCUAUACCGAUUCAAUCCAAAGAGGCACGUUUCGAUCUGGUCGAUUUUUGAAAAACAGCAUAAUUGAUGCGAUUCCAAUUGAUUUGACUACAAAUUUGAUUAUUGCAGCAUCAUGGGAAGCAGCUAAUAAUUAUGAUUCGAAACCUAGAAUUCCUAAAAUUUAUCAUAGUUCGACAGCAACUUCAAAUACUAUUUCAUGGAAACAAAUGUUUAAUUUGACUGUGGAAACAGCAAGGAAGUAUCCACCUAAUAACAUUUAUUGGUGGCCUCAAAUGAGAAUUUAUAAAUCAAAACGUGCCUUUGACUUUGAUCAAUUUUUGACCAAUAGAGUUCCAGCGUACUUCAUGGAUCUUUACUCUACAAUUUUAGGACGAAAGCCAAAAGCACUUAAAAUGUAUCAAACAUUCCAGCAACAGUUUGAAGAAGCUCAAUUUGUUGCUAUGAAUCCCGUGAAAAUUCUGUCUGGAAAGUAUAAAGACCUUCAAAAUUCAAUGACCAAAAGUGAUCAAGCUGAGUUUUAUUUUGAUCCAAAGUUGAUUAAAUGGCAACAAUACACACAAGACUUUUGUUUUGGCAUUAGAAAAUACAUUCGAAAGGAAAGGGAAGAUCCUUUAGAAUCAACAAUUGGCAAGAAGAAGCUCAAAAACAUUAAAAUGACAAGAUUGAGUAUGAGAGCACUUACUGUUGGUGGAAUACUCUAUGGAUGUGUAAAAGUUGGGCAGUAUAUUAAGAAAGAGAACAAUAAGACUGAGUUCUAUCUUUGCUAGAAAACAAAGAUUAUUGUAAUAAAGUAACAAACUUAAAGAUUAUUAUUGAUCUGUAAUUAAGUAAUCGAGGUUCUUUAAUCAUUCACAUACACCCCAUAUUUUCGAAUUCACCCCCAUCAACAUAGAAUAACAGUCAAAAUAAAUUUGAAUCCGAAAGAAAAUAAAA